GCUCCAGUGACGCGAUGUGGAUUGUGAGCCUCGGGUCCUCCCUCCUGUGUUUCACAUGAUCUGUAGCUUUCACAGAGAAGAGGCAGGAAUGUGGAGAGGAGCGACAACAGCGAUGGCUGAGCGAAGCCUCGGUCCCUCCAAAAUGCGUUUAUUUUACACUGUGGCCAUCUGGGUGACACUCAUCCACUGCACCGAUGGAAUUCCCUGGACAGAAGAAAAGCUCCAUCACCGAGCCUUCACUCUAACACGAGCUGAGAUCAGCACGGCUGUGUCUCACACUGACCUGGAGCAGAUGUGGCAGAGGGACCUGAGGCCGCUGCUGGUCACCAGGUACCCCGGCUCUGCAGGCAGCACGGCCGUGCAGGAGCAUAUCAAAACCGUCCUGGCUGGCCUGGGGGCGGGCUGGGAGGUGACGGAGGAUAAGUUCAUGUCACAAACCCCCUACGGCCCCCUGCCCUUCACUAACCUAGUGGCCACUCUCAACUCAUCAGCCACCCGCCAGCUGGUCCUGGCUUGCCACUACGACUCCAAGUACUACCCCCCCCAGUGGCACGGCAGGGAGUUCCAGGGAGCCACGGACUCUGCUGUUCCCUGCGCCAUGAUGCUGGAGCUGGCCCGAGCCCUGGAUGUGGAACUGAAAGCUCAGAAGAGCUCCAGUGCUGACCUCACCCUGCAGUUGCUCUUCUUUGAUGGCGAGGAGGCUCUUUUCCAGUGGACCCCCACAGACUCCCUUUACGGCUCCCGGCACCUGGCACAGAAGAUGGAGGCCACCCCCCACCCUGCAGGAGCCACGGACACCAACCAGCUACACGGCAUGGAUCUGUUGGUGUUGUUGGACCUGAUCGGGGGCCCGAGCCCGACCUUUGGCAACCAGUUCCCCAGCACAUCACACUGGCUCUCUAGGCUGCAGAGCAUCGAAAAGCGUUUACACUCCAUGAACCAGCUUGUGGAUCAUCCUGACAGCGUGCAAUAUUUCUGGCCCAAUAUACCGGUUGGUCACGUUCAAGAUGAUCAUAUACCAUUCCUAAACAGAGGUGUGCGCGUCCUCCAUCUGAUCCCCUCCCCCUUCCCGUCUGUAUGGCACACGUUUGACGACAACGAGCAGAACCUGGAUCGCGCCACCAUUCAGAACCUCAACAAGAUCAUCCAGGUGUUUGUUCUGGAGUACCUCAAUGCCAGACCCGCCGUCCCUUCAAACCCACAGAAUGUCCCCUAAAAAGAAAAAAAAGCAUUACAUCUUUGACGUUUCACUGUAGUAAAAAUCUGCAACAAUAUGUAUCUCUUCUUGAUCUUAUCAUUUCGACGUUGCCAGCUGUAAAAAGCAUAGAGAAUAUGUUUAGAGAUCUACAUGCAUAUAUUUUAAUUUCUUGGUACGAACCUAUUUCGGGGUAUGUGAAAUGUACUUUCUUCCAAAAUAAGACUUCAAGACCCUGAGGCUUCAUCUUCCCUUAAAGUCCCAGCAACAACAUCAGUACACAGGAUCUUUUGUGUGUUUCCUUUUACUACACUGCUCUCUUUAUGUCAGCCUCCUCCUUUACACUGUGAUGAGGCAUCUUAGUGUCAAUGCUAAUGUCUAGGAUCGUGUGCCUCAAAGAGAAAGAAUAAGAGCAGUGUAGAGGAAAUAAAAGAAAACAAUAAUGUGAACGAUUAAAAUGCCUUAACACCCUUUAUUUUGAAAGGCCACAUGUAAGUCCAGAGUAGCUAUCUUUUUCUAGUCAUGUAAUACCAUCCAUAGUCUCUGAUCUGUGAUGUUGUGAGCUACAUUUAAACAAUAUGGUGACACACACAGAAGGUGACAUUUCCUCUCCUACAGUAAAACUGUUCAGACUGAAGCUGUCAGGGGCAGGAAGUGGCUUUAUAUGAUUUAACAACAUCUUUAGGCCUUCAUAUCCUGUCAUCUUAGAUAGCAAAGUGGAAUACUUCCUGUACUGGUGUUUCUCCUGCCGUUGUUUAUAUGAUAUUAUUAGCCUGAUCCUAAUGUAGAUCCCAGAAUAAUAUACAGUGCCAAACCUGGACUUCCUGUAUUUUGAUGCUGAAAUAAAUGUUGAUUCAGAAUACAA